GAUAAUUUAUUGGCUGGCACGCUGUCAUGAUACUCCUGGAGGGCCGUGACGUCACGCUGUGGAUUGACGUCAGUGUGGUGAUGCAGGGAAGGUGACAGUGCGGUGCUGGGCAGUAUGGACGAGGAGAAUGGCGACUCAGAGGAGGGAGUGCUGCUGAGACAGCACCGCAAGGAGAAGAAGGAUCUGCAGGCCAAGAUUCAGAGCAUGAAAACGUCAGUGCCUAAGAAUGACAAGAAGAGAAGGAAGCAGCUGGCCGAGGACAUUUCCAGGAUGGAAUCUGAGCUUGAUGAAAGACACAAACUGGAGCUUGCAGCGUUGUCACAGCAGCAGUCUGUGCAAACAGAGCUGAGCAGCAUUACUAAUGACAUCCACGAUUUAGAUCUUGGAAGCGAGGUGUCUGUUCAUCAACCGCGUGUAUCCAAAGCACAGAAGAGACGGGAGAAGAAAGCCAGCAUGGAGAAAGAAAGAGACGAGCGCAUUGCGGAGGCUGAAGUAGAGAACCUGUCUGGAGCUCGGCACCUGGAGAGUCAGAAGCUCGCCCUUAUUCUGUCAGAGAGACAGCUGCAGAUUAGACAGAUCCCAUCAGAUGGUCACUGUAUGUACCGAGCCAUUGAACAGCAGCUGAAGGAGCGUGAGAAUAGCCUGACUCUCACAAGUCUCAGGCACCAAACCGCCGACUAUAUGCGGAGCCAUGCAGAUGAUUUCCUCCCGUUCCUCACUAAUUCUACCACUGGAGAAAUGUACACUCCAGAAGAAUUUGAAAAGUACUGCACCGAAAUAGCAAACACACCAGCCUGGGGGGGCCAGUUAGAGCUCCGAGCUCUGUCACACAUACUGCAGACUCCAAUAGAGGUCGUCCAGGCAGAGGCCUCGCCUAUUGUCAUUGGUGAGGAGUAUUCCAGCAAGCCUAUCACUGUAGUAUAUAUGCGCCAUGCUUAUGGGCUGGGAGAGCAUUAUAACUCUGUAGAACCACUAAAUGUGACACCUGCAGACUAGAUCUGUGUUGAAUGUCCAAUGCUGCUGAAGAACCAUCCUAAAUGAAAGUGUGAUUAUUCCUACACAAGAGUGCAUUAUGUCCAAGCACAAGAGGCAGCCUAUUUGUGGGCUGGAUCAGUGUAAUGACAAAGCAGCCUAUGAAGGCAGCAGGGAAUUGUCCCUUAUGAAUAUUUUAUAUAGGCCUCCUAAAAGUUCCUACCAAAUAAGGUUCAUACUAUUUCUGGACACAAAAUGGCUGCCUCCGCUCAGUGGGAGUGCCAGACCAUGAUGUGCUUUUAUGAUGCCGCUGAUUACUGAUGAAUUGUUAGGAUGUAUUUUUGUUAAUACUGGUUCAGCUCACAAAAUGGAUGCCGCUACUCUGUAAGGCGGUGGUUGCACUGUAAGGAUGUCAUUUUUUAUUUUUACAUUUCAUUGAACCAAGAUGAUGAUCUGUCCUCUCAUGGAAAGAAUACCUUCUAAACCCUUGAACUUUUGCCCUUACUUUGUAAGUGACUACUUGUAGCAUAGGGUAUUAUUUACCUCACGAGCGGCCCCCUACCUCAUUAUAUUACACCCAGCAUUAGUGGUUGUGAUGGCUGAAGGCAACAUUGAAAUUAACCCCAAGCUUUAAAACUGGGUAUACACGUUCUAGUGGUGCGAUUUGGCAAUGCAGUGUAACAGUACACCACAUCCGCUGUACACACUAAACAACCAGCUGUAUGAUGGCACAAUGUAUUUUUUACAUGCUGCAUGUAUCUACACCGCAUCGGCCAUGGAUUCAUCCCAUUGGACGUGGAGCACAUCCAAUGGAACUAUUCAAUCAACAACUGAUUGGAGGUACACAUUAUGCGAUGUGUGCGAUAUAUUGUUCCGAACCACAUCCAUAAUGAUAUAUCGCACAGUAUAUCGUAUAGUGUGUACCCAAUUUAAGGAAUGCUGAUAUGAGGAAGGAACACCUAGGAUUAUAACUACACUGCUUCCUCUUUCCAAUCCUGCCUUGGCACAAGGGUCCAACUCAGUCUGGGGGUUACAAUAUCUGUAGCACUUGUUGGUCAUCCCUAAAUAUCUGGUAAUAAAUUAUUUUCUCUUUCCAAA